AUGUUUCGUCAAUCUGUUGGUGUUAUGGAAAGUUAUUUAAGGGAAACAUUUAAUGCAACAGGUGAAGAAUUGAGCUAUCUUCAAAAAAUAUUCGAUCAUCGAGAUCAGAAACUUAGAUCACAGAGUACUGGUCGAAGUACUUAUGGUUCUCCAUCCGUAGUUAUUGAUGAUUUUCUUUAUCAUGGUGAUUUAGGUCAUGCAUCAAAUAUAAGAUUAUUAAAUCAACUCGGUAUUCGACAUAUAAUUGACGUAUGUGAUUGUCAAUUAGACAAAGAAAUAUUAGAAAACUUUCAUGUUUUGUGGAUUAAUUUAUAUGAUGAACUUAGAGCAGAUAUAAAACAACAUUUUGAAGAAGCUAAUGAAUUUUUACAUAAUUGUAAACAAAAAAAUGAGAAAGUUUUAGUUCAUUGUCAAAUGGGAAUAUCACGUUCAUCUUCAAUUGUUCUGGCUUAUUUAAUGAAAUACCAUCAUGAUUCUCUAAUCAAAGCCUAUGAUUAUUUACUUGAACGACGUCGUAUUGCUGCACCAAACAUUUCUUUCUUUUUACAAUUAAUUCGUUAUGAAAAAGAAUUACGUAUAACAAAAGAAAUAGAUGAAAGUAAACAUAAUGAUGAUCAACAAAAUCCAAUUGAAAAACUUGAUUCAAAUCAAGAUCCGGCUGUAGUGAAUAACGAAAUUGAGAAUGAGAAAAUGGAAAAUUGGAGUUAA